AUGGACUAUAGGAUAAAAUUAUGUGACUUUGGUUUGGCUAAAGAGGUCCCAAAUUGUGAUCCGUUUCUUAUGUCUAAAGCCAAACAUACAGCAGAUGUGGGAACUGUUUACUAUAUGGCACCGGAAGCCCAGACUAAUGAAUACAACCAUUUGAUAGAUAUUUACAGUCUAUCCCUAAUAGGGUCUCAAAUCUUUGGUUUCGAUGUAAACGAUAUAAUCGACGGAAAGUAUGAAUUGGAUUAAAACAAAUAUAAAAUAUAACAAAGAUUUCAAUAAACGGAUGCAUAAAAUGAAUGCAAUAUUGGUGUCAAUGAGUGUUAAUAAGUAUCGCAGAAAUGGUUCAACAUAUUGGAGGCAAAGACCCGAAUGUUCGCACAUUUUAUCACAAUUGCAGACAUUUAUGACAAAUAAACCCAUUAUUGGAGACAAAGAAUUCAAUUCUGUAUUGAAUACUAUUUUUGACA